CCACAGGGAGCGUCUCUGGGGAGUCAAAUGCUCAUCACACAGCCCCCUGCCGCAGUGCGGGGGAAGGAAGGAGACUCGCAAUGAACUCCCUGCCAAGGCUUUCCUGAAUGCAGCAAGCGGCAGAUGUCAGAGCUUCGUUCCUCUAAGUUCAGCGGGGUUAGAAACCAGGAUAUCCUUUCAGCCCUGCUUUGGCGCUAGGGGCUGCUGGGAGGUGAUUCAAAGCGUACAUCAAUGGCCCGAGUGAUUGAUCUGGUCCCGUGGCCGGACGAUGGCCACCGUGUCUACACGGCCCCAGCCGUGCUACUGCCCCUGGACCCCCGGAAAGUCAUGCUGGCGGGAGUCAAGGACAGGCUUUACCACCCAGAGCUGCCGACCCUACGGCGAAUGGAUAUGGACUCAGCGGGGAACAAACUCCCCGAGGAGCACUCCCGGGACACGACCGCCUGCACCAAAGAGGAUUUCGCCAACGCAUCCUUCACUCUGGCGGGAGUCCCCAACAAGCGCCUCCCGACCCUGGGCAUGACGGAGAUGGGCAAGUCGCUCACCGCACGGUACCGCGCAGGGAAGAUGGCGCCGCUCACCCCCAGCACCAACCACGAGGAAUGGCCAAGCUACACGCGCGCCAUGGAGGACUGGUCACGCUUUGUCUCUUCUGCCGGAGAAUUCAAGCUGCCCAGCGUGGACAAGAAAGUGCUCGGGUUCAGCUGUUACGCUGUUAGACACUUGAAGCCAGACGUGGCUCAGACCUGGCGGUACUGCCUCAAUCAGAACCCGAGCCUGGACCGAUACGGACAGAAGCCCCUGCCGUACAACAGCACCAACAUCUUCCGGAGCUUCGGCUCAGCGUACAGCCGCUCUCACUACCUCCAGCCCUGGCGCUAGGCAGCGGGAACCAGGAAGGGGUGCAGAGCCCGAGGGGCGCAGGAGACCGGCGGGCCGCCAGGGGAAAGGCAGGAUACCCGCUCCACUUCUUAGCCAAUAAAAGCCGCUCUGAAAAUG